GUCAACCCUUUCAGAGACCGCAUCUGCAGAGUGUUCUCCCACAACGAUGUGUUCUCCUUUGAGGAUGUGCUGGGCAUGGCAUCUGUGUUCAGUGAGCAGGCCUGCCCCAGCCUGAAGAUCGAGUAUGCCUUUCGCAUCUACGAUUUUAAUGAGAACGGUUUCAUCGAUGAGGAGGACCUGCAGAGGAUCGUCCUACGACUGCUGAACAGUGACAUCUCUGAGGACCUGCUGAUGGACCUCACGAGCCACGUCCUGAGUGAGUCAGAUCUGGACAAUGACAACAUGCUGUCCUUCUCGGAGUUUGAACACGCGAUGGCCAAGUCUCCAGAUUUUGUGAACUCCUUUCGGAUUCACUUCUGGGGAUGCUGAUGCAGCCACAAACACCUGACCAGGCAGCCUCGAAGGAGAGCACUGGAACCCAACUCCCUCCAGGCACUGGGGGAUCUGAUUUGAAGGGUGACUUUGUCCCUGUCCCUCCAUCACCUCUAGAAUAUUGUUUAUUACAUAAAGCAAAAA